AUGGCUCAUUUUAGACGCGAUAUUACGUAUAGUGCAUUAAACAAUGAAUUAGUACCACCAUUAGCAAUAUCUGCUGAAAAUGCAGCUGGUUCACCAACUGUGAUAUCUCUAGAUCAAGAACAUGACGACUCUACCAAUGUUAUCAUUCACAAAGUACCGCAAACAAAGGGAGGAUGGACACAUAUUCAAGAUCUAGAUUCUUUUUUUACAAGAAUGUAUAGAUACUAUGUUAGAGGGGGAUUUUAUCCUAUGAUUAUGUCUGAUAUAUUUUAUUUGUUACAAUUUGUAUUCAUCGUCUGGUUUUCUACAUUCUUAGUGCAUUGUGUUAAUUAUCAGAAACUAUUUAGAAAUGACCCAAAUAUAACUAGAAGUGAUAAACUUAGCUUAAGUGAUGUUAUAUUACCAACAACAGAAUGUCGUGCUAGUAUUUCAUGGCAAUGGUGGUGUCUCAUAGUAUUGUGUUUAAUUAUUUGGCUUAUGAGGCUGAUAAUAUCAAUAUAUCAUUUAUAUUAUGCCUAUGAUACAAAGCUAUUUUAUAAUAAUGCAUUAAGAAUUAAAGAGAGUGACUUGGGAUGGGUUAAUUGGACAACAAUACAGGAUAGAGUGAGGGAGGCUCAACCAGAACAUCAUAUGUGUGUUCAGAAACAGGAAAUCAACGAACUAGACAUUUAUCACAGAAUACUCAGGUUUAAUAACUACAUGGUGGCAAUGGUUAACAAGAAUCUAUUACCGCUGCAAAUACAUGUGCCUUGUGUUGGAGAUUUUCACUAUUUAUCAAAAGGUCUAAAGUGGAAUUUGGAGUUUCUCUUAUUUUCUAGUCCAUGGAGCCCUUGGGAAAACUGCUGGCAGCUUCGUUCAAAUUACAAAGACCCAACAAAAAGAAUGGUUUUAGCUCGACAACUCGAACGACAAAUAUUACUUUUAGCUCUAGCAAAUUUUGUACUUGCACCUCUGAUAUUAGCGUGGCAAAUAUUAUACUUUUUCUUCAAUUAUGCUGAGUUAAUAAAGAGAUCGCCAGGGUCACUCGGCCUACGGACUUGGUCGCUUUACGCUCGAAUAACUCUGAGGCAUUUUAAUGAGCUCGAACACGAAUUGAGGGAUCGACUAAAUCGCGCUCACAAACCUGCGCUGAAAUAUUUAGCGAGUUUCAGUUCGCCUAUCACAACCGUUAUUGCGAGGAAUAUUGUGUUUGUAUCGGCGAGUAUUCUCGGAGUAUUGGUUGCCCUUUCAGUGUACGACGAAGAUGUAUUGACCGUAGAACAUGUCCUAACAAUAAUCACUAUCCUCGGCUGUGUUCUCGCUGGAGCUAGAGCUUUAAUAGGACUCGAGGAACAUCUUGAUGGUGGGUGCACGGGGCCAACCCGCGGUGAAGAAUUAUUUGUACAAGUGUUGGGAUACGUACACUAUCUGCCAGCCGCUUGGAGGGGUCGCGCCCAUACAAAAGACGUGGCUGCUCACUUCCAACAACUGUUUCAGUUCCGAGCGGUGUACAUUCUGUUCGAGUUGCUUAGCCCUCUACUUUGUCCACUUGUCCUAUUAUCACUCCGCGCACGCGCACUCGAUAUAGUGGACUUUUAUAGGAACUUCACAGUUAGCGUGCUUGGAAUCGGAGAUGUUUGCUCAUUUGCUCAGUUGGAUAUCAGACGCCAUGGACAUCCUGAUUGGCAGACUCCGUUGAAGUAUGAUAAAGUAAAAGGUGGCAAUACACAAUAUAAUCAGGGUGAAGGUGGUAAAACAGAAUUGUCUCUGGUCGCAUUCUCUUGCCGACACCCGGGAUGGCAUCCAAGUGAACCCGCACAAAGACAAUUUUUACGAUCUCUACGACAGAGUAUGCACCAUGCUUUACCCGCAAACAAUGGCCUGAACAAAACAAUGCUGGGAUCGUACAUUCAACAAAGUAUAUUCGGUGUCAACACUCCAUUACCUGCAGUUCUCUCCUAUUAUCAGCAGCAGAAAACUCAAUAUCGACUACCGGACAUGGAUGAAACGAGCGACGAAGAAGAGGGACCAAGUGGACAAUCAGUGAAGGAUCAAGGCCUGGCUGGUGCCAGCAGUGCAUUGGGUGCCAGCGCGUUAGGGCUUGACCCCACUACCGAAAUGCCAGCAGAUGAAUUGCGUGAUAUAUCAGUCAGUACUCUACACCUCUACGAUCUUCAUCUCUCACAGGGUGGCGGCAACGUAUCGUGUUGUACGAACAAAUGCAGCGAACGGCCAUCUCGUUGGUCAAGCGGUGAGCAAACGCCGCUACUACGUCCUUAA